AUGGAGAGAACUAGAAGAUUUAUGAAUUUGCCGUUCGGGUACCAUAUCUUCUCCGGAACGGUUAUUCGCCUGAUGUUGAUUAUCUACGCAGAAAUUCACGACAAAUAUUUAGAUGUGCAAUACACCGACGUAGAUUACAAAGUGUUUACGGACGCGGCGAGACAUGUUCUCAGAGGGAAUUCUCCUUAUAAACGACACACUUAUCGCUACAGUCCAUUGAUAGCGUAUCUAUUAGUCCCUAACAUAGUUAUCGGCAAGAAUUUCGGCAAAAUACUCUUUUCUGUAUUCGAUGUCCUCAUAGCGGUCGCUGUGAAACGUUUGGUUGAGAAUCAAUUGCAUUGGAGAGAUAGGAGGUCGAAAAUACCAGUGUAUUGCUCUCUGUUUUGGCUUUAUAACCCUCUGAGUAUUAUAAUUUCAACGCGAGGCAACGCAGAUUCAGUGCCAUGUUUCUUCAUAACUCUAUCUAUACUUUUCUUACAAACAAAUGUUGUGAGUGGCUUAUUCAAAUACUGCCUCUCCGGUACAUUGCUAGGCAUUUCGAUACAUUUGAGGUUAUACCCUUUAGCAUUCAGCUUCCCAAUGUAUCUAUCUCUGGGACAAUAUACAAUAGACAGGAGCACGACUGUUCUAGAGGGUUUCAUCAGCUUGUUACCCAAUAGAAAGCAACUGAUGCUUACCUUGAGCUGCGUCUCGUCGCUUCUCAUUCUCACAUGCGGCAUGUACGUUUUGUACGGAUACGAAUUCCUAUUCGAAACUUACAUUUACCAUCUAUUCAGAAAGGACACGAGGCACAAUUUUUCCGUAUUAUUCUACUAUUCAUACUUGACUAUGGACCAGUUGACUAUCGAUAUCGUGAAGGUCAUUUCGCAAAUUCUCGAAUGUUUACUUCUCUUCGCUAUAAGCUUGACAUUCGGUUGUGAUUCCAAGACCCUGCCUUUCGCGUUAUUCUGCGAAUCAGUUGUGUUGGUCGCUUUUAACAGCGUUAUGACGUCACAGUACUUCAUUUGGUUCUUGUCUUUGCUACCUCUAGUAGUUCAUAAUUUGAGGAUGGUCCCCGCAAAAGCAUUUCUGCUUACAGUAAUAUGGGUGUCAACGCAAGGGGCUUGGCUGUUUUAUGCGUAUUUAUUAGAAUUCAAAUGUAGGGAGGUUUUUAUACUGAUAUGGUUGAAAGGUAUUUUGUUCUUUUGCGCUAAUAUAUUCGUUCUGGGACAGCUUGUGAAAAGUUUUAACAUUGAUUACGGCUUCGGCGAGCAAAUCAAUAUUCAUAAAAAUAAGUAAGUGUAUGUACUUCGGCCUGCUUUACCUAUAUUAUGGCAGUUUCAAUAAAAAAAUUCAAUUUAAUGAACAAAAUGUAAUCGCUCAGUGUAACCGAUAGAUCAUAGACAACAAUAUUCCAGCAGUAAUUUUUUAUAUAGGGUUCGAACUUAGAACGAUUUGUUAAUUAGUUUAGUAUUUAAUGUGUAGAUAGAUGUUGUAUUAUUUAAAUUUCGUAGAGAAAUAAAACUAAAGAAAACAA